CUGCUCACUAUCAAUACAAAUUUCAAUUGGGCAUCGAUCAGAUUGUUUUUAGGGAAGAGCACGAUCAUUUGUGGAAUAUGCCUGGCGCUUGGGGGUAAUCCUAAAUUGCUUGGCAGAUCUGAGAAAAUGGCCGAUUACGUAAAGCAUGAUGAGAGGACCGCUUCUGUGGAAGUGCACAUGAAGACGGGUGAAAACGAUGAAGUGGUGAUAAUACGACUCGUGAUCCAUUCGAAUAACAAACACAAUUUCUUUAUUAAUGAUCAACAAGUGAACAAAUCCGAGCUGAUACGUCUCGUUUCAUCCUACAACAUACAGGUGGACAAUCCAUGCGUGUUCUUGGCGCAAGAUAAAGUGAAAAGUUUCGCAGAGCAAAAUCCAGUCGCUCUACUGGAAAAUACGGAAAAGGCGUGUUCGAUUGAACUACAAGAAACGCACGAUGAACUAAAGAAUCUCUCCGAACACGAUAUCGGUCGCGGAAAGCGAAAAGAAGAUUGUGAAAAGAACUUGAAAUCAAUAGAGAAAGAAUUAAAGGCGUUGAGCAGUCGUGUGGAAAAUUUCUUGAGGAAGGAGGGCAUGCAGAAGAGAAUUGAAUCGCUACAGCAAAGGGAAAUAUUCAUAAUUUGUGAACGAGAGGAACGAACACUCGAAAAGCACCAAGUGGAGAUGAAUAAAGCUGAACAGAAGGUUUCAGAGGUGGAGACUUUUGUUGUCUUCAUUCCGUAA